AUGGCCGGGAGCACCAGCAAGACUGUGCACGAAAUCUUUCACAGCAUGGAGUACGGACCUGCCUCCGCCUCUAGCACCGCCACUGCUCAGGCCUGGUUAGAUCAUCAUUCUCGUUCUCUCGGUCUCUUCAUCGAUGGAAAGUUUGUUCGUCCAGCAGACAGACUGAUCUGCUCCCUGACUGACUCUAAAGGUGGCGUGGUGUGCAGCACAGUAUCUGCUGAGGAUGGGGACGUCUCCCAGUGCGCCUCAUCUGCUGACGGGGGCUACAAGACCUGGAGCAGCCUAACCUGCACCCAGAGAUCCAACAUCCUGCUCAGGUUGGUGAGUGUCCUCGGGCUGCACGGUCAGUGUGUGUCGGAGCUGUGUGAGCUGUGUGAGGCCUCCUGCUCGCUCUCCUCCCUGAUCAGACUGCUGCAGUUCUACAGCAGCUGGGCUCAGCUCAGAGACCACCUCAUCUCUAACUGGUCUCCUGUUGGUGUAGUGGUUGUUGUCUCCUCUGAUGACUGCUCCCUGUAUUCCCUCAUGCUUAAAGUCCUGCCAGCGUUGGCCAUGGGCAACUCUGUGGUGGUUGUUCCCGGUCGGAGCGCCGCCCCUCCAGCCCUCCUCUUGGCUCAUCUUUUCACCACAGCGGGACUUCCUGCUGGGGCUCUUAAUGUUUUAACAGGAAGUGACGUGACUCUGGGGGCCAAAGUGGCCCAGAACUCCAACGUCAGCUACGUGACUUACAGUGGCAACAAACAGGAUGGGUCAGUUCUGUGUAAAGCCACAGCAGGAGUGGGAGUUCCUGUCUCCGUCUCUUCGUGUAUCGGGGCCACGUGUCCUUUUAUCGUCUUUGAGUCAGCUGACAUCAACAGUGCUGUGGACGAAGUGAUCCAGGCCGCCUUUAAGAAGAAGAGCGAGCUCCGCUGGCUGUUGUGUGUGCAGGAGAGCGUGGCAGAGAGCGUCGUGACCCGGCUCAAGCUGCGCAUGGCAGGAAUGAAGUGCGUUGCUCUGCGCGGCGAUGCAGACAGGAUCCUUGUGGACGCUGCUGUACAGGAGGCGAAACAGCAGGGGGCAACGUUGGUCCAGUCCUGUGUUCCCCCUCCUUCUGGUGCCCAGUAUCCUCCCACAGUGCUGUGUGGUGCGGCUCCCUCCUCACCGUUUGUGGUCAGCCCCCCUCCUGGACCUCUGUUGCCUGUCAUGACUUUCAGAAGCAACUCAGAAGCUGUGGUUUUGGGAAACCACAGUCCUCAUGGCCAUGCAGCAUCCAUCUGGACUGAAGAUCUCACUCUGGCUCUGGAGACAGCAAAGAGUCUGUUGGUUGGAUCGGUGUGGGUGAAUUCCAGCUCCGUGUUCGAUCCCUGUCUUCCUGUCUCUGGUCACAAAGACAGCAGCUCCUGCACCGACGGAGGACAGGAGGGUUUGUACCAGUUUCUGCGCCCGUCCUUUUCUUCCUCUCCUUGUUCUCACUCCUCUCCUGUUUCCAUGGACUACUCAAAGUUUGGAACAGAAGCAUCCCAGGCUGUCAUUCCUGACUCUUCAGAUCUUGCAAGCCCUCCUCCAUCCUACCUGCACUUUGUUGGAGGCAAAGCGUGUAAAUCAGUGUCGGGCAGCAGUGUAGCUGUGCAGGCACCAGGGGGCGGUAGUGUGUUGGCCUUUUGUCCCGAAGGAGGUCGGAAAGAUGUUCGCAAUGCUGUGGAGGCUGCCAUCAAAGUCCAGCCUGGCUGGAUGAAGAGGAGUCCUUGUGCACGUGCUCAGUCACUCUACACUUUGGCUAAAGGCCUAGAAGCCAAGAGGGCGGAGGCAGUAACGUCGGUCAGCGCUCAGACUGGCGUCUCAUUGGCCGAGGCUGAAGAGGAGGUGGAGCUGAGCGUUGCCAGGCUCAGAGUGUGGGCGACUUACUGUGAUAAAGUGCAGGGAGAAUCACUGCCCAUGCCACAGUCUGGCACUGCUCUCUCCGUCCCUGAAGCCCUGGGAGUCAUUGGGAUCGUCCUCCCUGACAAAAGUCCCCUGCUCUCGAUGGUAACGCUUCUCGGUGCAGCUGUUGCCUUUGGUAACGCAGUCGUCAUAGUCCCCAGUAGGAAGCAUCCCCUGCCGGCUUUGACUUUUGUUCAAGUGCUCCAGUCUUCAGAGCUGCCUGCAGGUUUGGUGAACAUCAUUACAGGACGUCCAGACCAGCUCACAGUGGCUAUUGCUAAUCACAGCGUCAUCAAGGCUGUCUGGUACUGGGGCAGCACUGAGGGCUGCCAGUACCUCCAGUACACCUGCACCAGUCCGCUGAAAACACUGUGGCUCCACCGUCACAAGGACGAGGAUGGGACAGACUGGACCCAGUCUCAUCCGUCCCUGCUGGAAGACACAUGGAGAAAAGCUGUUCAGUGGAAAAGUGUUUGGAUUCCUACUGCGUGA